UCAGUUUCUAUCUUCUUUUAUUUGUUAUAAUGGUUAAAUCAGAAAUGUAUCAUGCAAUUAUCAAUAGUUUCAAUGGUAAUAUCAUUUGUGUCAACAAUGUUUGCUAUAAUUCCAAUGGCAUAUUAGUUGCUGGCAAUACUGGAUGCUUUGUUAUUAAUGGCAAAAUCUAUAAAGAUGGCAAAUAUUUGCGCAAUAUGACAUGGGAUGAUUAUCAGAAAUUAAAAACUUAUUAUGAUGAAGUAAAUCGUUGGAGUGUGGAUCUUCAAGAUAGUAUACAGCGAAGUUUUCCAUGGGAUGAACGAAAUCCAUCACAUACUGAAUUUCCAUGGAAUAUUAUAUCUGGAGCAUUAAAUCGAAAUACAAAAAUUAAAAUAGCAAUAGAAAGAAACGAUUUAUGCCUUUCCCAGUGGCACCAUAUUUUUGUUGAAAUAUGUUACAUUGUAAAAUAG